CCUCUGCUCACCUCCCCUCCCCCCAGGAUGAAGCCUCCCCCUCUUUUGACCUUACUUUGCCUCCUGGUGGCCCUGGCUGGCGGGAACCUGGUUCAGUUUGGGGUGAUGAUUGAGAGGAUGACGGGGAAGCCUGCACUGCAGUACAAUGACUAUGGCUGCUACUGUGGCGUCGGCGGCGCCCACUGGCCAGUGGACCAGACAGACUGGUGCUGCCAUGCCCAUGACUGCUGCUAUGGGCGUCUGGAGAAGCUGGGCUGUGAGCCCAAACUGGAAAAGUAUCUUUUCUCUGCCAGCAGGCGCAAUAUCGUCUGUGCCGGCAGAACCAGCUGCCAGCGACAAACCUGCGAGUGUGACAAGAGGGCUGCGCUCUGCUUUCGCCGCCACCUGGGCACCUACAACCGUAAAUACGCCCAUUAUCCGGACAAGCUGUGCACAGGACCCACCCCGCCCUGCUAAGUCUGUGUUCCCCCGCCUCCCUCCCGCCCCCACCCUCCAGCUGCUGACCUCAGGAACACUGUCACAAAGGCCCUCCCUCUGGAAAACUCCUUUGCUGCAAACCCACUCCUCCUUCCCACACUCGGGCCUGGACCCUCGUGGGCCUCCCCAGGCCACACCUCCCCCAGAAAGACCUGUGCCUGGGGGCCUUUCAGUACCCAGAAGACUCUGUAACCCGCCCCUGGGACCUCAGUUCCCUCUUCUGAAUAUAUGAAUAAUGUCUUCCCACAAUUCGAAUACGGAUCCUCGGAUUCAUUGUAGGGGUUUAAUUAGUCUACAGUUUCAUUCAUGCCUUGGUUUCUGAGCACCACUGUGUGCCAGCGUGCUAAGCACUGGGACACAGCGUGGGUCUGACAUGGGUGGCCCCCCACCUGCAAUUGCAACACUGCCCUUUCAGUUUCCUAUUCUCAUAAGUUUUUGUGACUCUUUUUCUAACAUUAUACAAUCUUUUCCAAGACAAUAAUGGCAAUCUCUAGAAGAUAUGUUUCUGGCCCGAUGGUGUAAUGUGAGAAGCACACAAAAUACCAGCCCCAAAAUAUUGUCCCCACUAUGUCACCAGACUCCAAAUCCCUCCCAUCAGAAGACUGGCUGAGAGUGAAAAGAAACUCUCGAGUCAACUUAUUCCAGUCCCUCCUGUGACCGAUGGGGGCCUGGCGGUCAGAGAGGGAAGUUCUACCUGAAGGCGUGUCCUCACGCCCAAGCCAGGGUGCCUCCAUUUUUUCAUGCAUCAGCCACCUACACUCUGCCCCUCUGGUUACCAUCUUGCGCCAGCCCAGAGGACCCAGGGAAGUCAGCUAUGAGAUGCCUGGGCCAGGUCAGGCUCCUGAUACGGGGAGGGAAGAGGAAAGAUUUCAACAUCCAACAUCCUGGG